AUGGGUACGGUCUCAGCGAAACAAACACUGUCUACCAACACCGAGACCAGUUUCGGUGAGACAUGGUCGUGUGGAAAGUUUUCAAGCAACAUCCAUACACAAAAAGGUUUCUGCGCAACUCGUAUUUCCUGUCUGAAAGAAUCUUCGAAGAAUACGGUGUGGAUCUUCGGCGACGUGUGGUGCGCGGUGUGGCUGGCGGUGGACGUGUGGAUGUGCACGGCGUCCAUCCUGAACCUGUGCGCCAUCUCGCUGGACCGCUACGUGGCGGUGACGCGGCCCGUCACCUACCCCAGCAUCAUGUCGCCGCGGCGCGCCAAGAUGCUCAUCGCGGGCGUCUGGGUGCUCAGCUUCGUCAUCUGCUUCCCGCCGCUCGUCGGCUGGAAGGACUCGCACACGGCGCAGCCCCGCCCGGAGCCCUGCCCCUGGACCUGCGAGCUCACCAACGACACAGGGUACGUGCUGUACUCGGCACUGGGCUCGUUCUACCUGCCGAUGCUGGUGAUGCUGUUCUUCUACUGGCGCAUCUACCGGGCAGCGGUGCGCACCACGCACGCCAUCAACCAGGGCUUCCGCACGACGCGCGGCGUGCACUCGCGCUUCGACGACCAGCGGCUGACGCUGCGCAUCCACCGUGGCCGCGGAUCGCUCAACAGCAACCACGACGGCGGCGGCGGCGGCGGCGCCUCCGGCAGCGGCCAGCCCUCACCCAGCCCCUCCUCGGUGGCCGGCCGGUCGCCGUCGGCGCGGCGUGUCAAGAUCAGUGUCAGGUAG